AUAUUCCUUAAAUGUAUAGCAAAGUAUGAAGACUAACGUUACAUCGCUGGCAUGAUUUCGUUGUUUGGGUUUUCAUUCUCUCCCGCGCGGAAACUCUACGCAUGCGCACACAGCCUCGCGUCCGAUGAUUGGUCCGAAGUUUCACAGUGGGCGUGGUCCUGUCAUAUCGAACGACACACAACAAGAGAACUCGCCGCAACGUGCUUCCUUUGUCGUAUGAUUUACCCAGGCUCCAUGUUCAGUGCGGUUGUGCUGGUGCUUGGCUGCCUGCUGCAGAUGAAACUAGUGACCACAGAGGGGCAUCGUGGGACCAACCGCCAUGUCUUCUAUGCAGUGCAAAUGGACGGAGGCAUCAGUGCCGCCAGGGCUCUGGCCGAGCAGCACGGACUGGAGUUCAUACAACAGGUUGGCAGCCUGGAAGGUCUGUACACCCUCAGAGACAGCAGGGGGCGCAAUGACAGAGCCACCUUUGAGAACAGACUUUCGACCACAUUAGGGGUUCACCGGGUGCAGAGGCAGCACAGUCAUUAUAGAGACAAGCGGGUUCCUGUGACAGGGCUGGACCACAGUACCACUCACAGUUCCCAGAGGAGAGAGUCUGCCACUGACAGACAGCCUGAGGAGAAUGAGAGUGACCAGUCCCUCACCUUCAAUGACCCGCUCUGGCCCAUGCAGUGGGAACUGUUUGCACAGGGCGAGUACAUCUCCAGUGGCUUUGACCUGAACGUGAUGCCAGUUUGGAGCAACAAUAUCACUGGUAAUGGAGUCGUGGUCAGCAUCAUUGAUGAUGGUGUAGAUCACACAAACAAGGACCUGAAGAAAAACUUUGAGGCUCUCGCCAGUUUUGACCUGCGUUCUUCACACGGCCUGUCUCAUGAUCCCAUGCCUGUCAGAGAUGAGGAGAAUAGUCACGGUACCCGAUGUGCAGGGGAAGUUGCCAUGGAGGCCAACAACUCCUACUGUGGUGUGGGCAUCGCCUUCAAUGCCAGGAUUGGAGGUAUCCGCCUGUUGGACGGCUCCGUCACUGAUGCCAUGGAAGCCACAGCGCUGACCUUCAACAUCCCCUUCAUAGACAUCUACGUCUGCAGUUGGGGCCCGCGGGACGACGGGGCCGCGAUGGACGGGCCGCACAGCCUGACAGCGCAAGCCCUUCGGCUAGGAACUCACAAGGGCCGAGGUGGGAAGGGCAGCGUCUUUGUGUGGGCGGCAGGUAAUGGUGGAAUGAUGCGUGACCACUGUGGUGCCGACGGUUAUGUGAACUCCAUCUACACCGUUGCCAUCGGCGCUGUCUCUCAAACAGGGAAGCCCACCUUCUUCGGUGAGCCGUGCCCCGGUGUGAUGGCCGUCACUCUGACAGGGGCCGGCGUGGGAGGCCCACUACCUCUGGUCACUGUGACCAACAUCGAUGAUGGCUGUGUAACACACUUUCCAGGAACAUCCAGUGCGGCUCCGAUCGCUGCAGGGAUUCUGGCUCUUGUGUUAGAAGUAAAUCCUGAGCUGACGUGGAGGGAUGUUCAGCAUCUGAUCGCCAAGACAGCAAAGAUCCCCGACCCCAAAGAGCCUGGAUGGAACAUCAACGCAGCAGGAUACCAUGUUCACCAUAGGUAUGGUUUUGGAUUGUUGGAUGCAGGGCUGAUGGUGCAGCAGGCUGCACGCUUCAACACUGUUGCUCCACAGAGGAAGUGCAUGCAAGAAGUCACACUCCGUCCUAGCAGGAUCGUUUCUCCAGGAGGUGUGGUCAGUGUGAACAUCCAAUCAGAUGCCUGCCGUUGGAGGACUAAUGAGAUCAACACUCUGGAGCACGUUCAGGUGAAAGUGAGCAUCAGCACCGUGUGUCGCGGUGACCUCUCCAUAAGCCUGGAGUCUCCAGCCGGCACUGUGUCACUGCUGUUGGACACACGGCCCAAUGAUGCCUCCACGGCUGGCCUGAAAAACUGGACCCUGAUGACGGUGCACUGCUGGGGGGAGCAACCACGAGGCCUCUGGACCCUCCAGGUGACUGACCACAAAGGCACCGUGAGGAGCUGCAUGAGGCCGAGUGACGAGGAGGCAUCCGGAGCCUGGCUCCGUAAAGUUACACUCAUCCUCUACGGCACCUACCACCCACACAGGACCACGCACGAGGGACCCCUGCAGAGCAUUGUGUCCAUGGGGUCGCGUCACCCCGUCCCUCACAGGGGGGUGUACCACAGGGACCGUUACCAACCUCUGGACCUGAUUCAAUGGGUCUACCAAAUGGAGAGAGACAGGAAGGUGCGGGCUGCUGAUAUUACUGUGCCAGCCAGACACAAGAUUCCUGGAGACUUAAUGUUGGAUAAGAAGACCCCCAACAAGCCCCUAAAGUCCAGAAUGGCUUUCCAGACAGAUGUUGGACAGAAGUCCUCCACGGGGUCAGGACCCUCUGCCGUGAAGGAGCUUCAUGAGACAAAGACCAUCAGGGAUACUGUGGACGGAGACAACAGGUCCUUACCGUCACAGAUUCUCCAGCAUGUCGCCAACAGUCAGCCUCUUCCGAUCCAGCAGGAGGAGAGCGUGUGAGCUGGAAGGCACAGGGC